AUGAGGAGCAUGAUCAACUCUACACAGGUUUCAUAUUUCACACUUGGUGCCUACUUUGACACUGGAGUUUUUAAAUACUUACUUUUUAUGGUCACUUUGUCUUUAUAUAUGUUAAUUAUUUGUGCCAAUGUUUUGCUCAUUGUGGUUAUCUGUAUGAACAGAAGCUUACAUGAACCUAUGUACCUUUUUCUGUGCAGCCUGUUCGUAAAUGAACUGUAUGGUAGUACAGGGUUGUUUCCAUUCCUUCUGGUUCAGAUCCUCUCUGACAUUCACACUGUUUCUGCUCCCCUUUGUUUCCUGCAAAAUUUCGUUUUAUACUCUUAUGGUGGUGUUGAAUAUUUAAACUUAGCCAUCAUGUCUUAUGACAGAUACCUCGCUAUCUGUUGUCCUCUGCAAUAUAACACACGUAUGACAUUUAACAAAAUUGCCAUUCUUAUUGCUGUAACAUGGUUAUGCCCUAUGUUACUGUGUUUUGUGAUGACAUCCUUGACUAACUCCUUACAGCUGUGUGGGACCAUUAUUAAGAAAGUGUACUGUGAUAACUACUUUAUUGUCAAACUGGCAUGUUCCGAUACAACAAUCAAUAACAUCUACGGACUCUUUGUUACUUCGCUCUCAGUCUUUUGUCCUCUAAUUCUAAUUAUUUUCACUUACAUUAAGAUUUUAAAAAUAUGUUUUUCUGGUUCUAAACAGACCAGAAAAAAAGCUGCCAGUACCUGCACACCUCACCUUAUCGCUCUGCUGAACUUUUCAUGUGGAGGUGGUUUUGAAAUAGUACAAAGCAGGUUUAAUAUGAACAAUCUACCCAAUAUUCUGCGAAUCUUUUUGUCGUUAUACUGGCUCACAUGCCAGCCACUUUUCAAUCCUUUACUGUACGGCCUGAAUAUGUCCAAAAUCCGCAUUGUAUGUAAAAGUCUUGUCUUUGCUUAA